AUGGGACUCUCGCGUGUGCUUAUCAUCAAUUCUAGCCAAUUGUACUGCUGUAAUGCUGAUAAGUUCCGCUUUCUAGUGGCAGAUGAAGCCAUGCUUCCAUACAAAACGCGUGUAAAAAUUAACGUUGGUGGAACUAUUUUUGAAACGUAUCUUUCUACUCUCCAAGGCAUAAAGGGCAGUGGGUUUUCUGCUUUGGCAGAACGCUGGCAAAGUGGGGAAGAACUAUUUCUGGAUGAAAAUCCAGUACUGGAUUAUCUGAGACGAAGGAGCUAUGAUGUUGUCCGUAUUGAGGAUAACGACCGAGUCGCUGUUCGAGCGAUAGCUGAGGACUAUUAUCUGCUUGAUCUUGUCAAAAUGAGUUUGCUCGGAGCACUCCGCGAUGGCGAUACUGUAGCCCUCGUCAAUUACUCCUCAGCAGUGGCAUACCCUUCCGCAACAUCCAUGACUCAUUCGUCUGUUGCCAUCAACUUGUCUCGCCUUCGACAUGGUAGAAGAAGAGAAACUUUCGGCAUACGGCAAGCGUCUGAAGAUGACGCUCGUGAAGCUCUUCGAAGAGAAGCUGAAUUCUUCGGUCUUCCUGAGCUUGUCAAAAUGUGCAUGCCCCAAGAAUUUCAUGUUGGUAAAGUUGUAAAAUGGAAGGAAGACGCCAUUGAAUCUUACUGGAAAGUUUUCGUUAGGUAUAUUUACGUUGGCAAACGCAAAUGUUUCUGCUGCGAAGUAUGCGGAACCAUCACGGAUAAUGUUGUUGGACCCAGCUGUGGGCAGGAAUUUCGUUUUACCCAAAAUGGAACUGAUAAAUCAGUGGACUAUGAACUUUGGUUGCCAUUGAAGCAUCAUAUGCUUCAUAUGAAAGGGACGGUGAAGCAGGUAAAUGAAACUUGCUGCGUGGUGCAAUGGGGAUGCAGAAACUUUUUGGAAACGCAUAUCCCACAAUCUGCAUUGCGCUUAUUGGAAGCCGCUUCGACAUUGUCGACUGUUACAAGAGCUCUCCUCAUGUACAGCUCCAUUUACAGUAACUUGUCUUCUGUCAUCCUCACUCUCUCCUUUGUUAUUGCUUGUAUUGUUGUCUCACCUCUUGAUGAUCACAGCGCGGACUGUUCUAGUGAACAAGCUGAUAAAAAAUUUUGUAAGCAAGGAUAUUCAAAUGACAAGGAUCGCAGGCAACAGCGUAUUGAAGAGAAACAGAACCUUAUUAUAGAAAAGCUCCUCAGCAAACCUAGCAGAAAGAUAGAUGAGCUUUGCAGUGAACUUGACAAGACCUGCUUUACUAUUAUUGAUAGCUUUGAGAAACAUGGCAACAUGUUCUUCGCGUUCAGAAGCUUGCGAAGGAAAGGGCCGGAAGGUGUACUAUUACUGUCGCAAGCAAGGCUUGAACCUCAUUCACCUCUUAAUUGGAAGAAUUUUAACUCAAAGACAUGGAGUAUAAAGAAGGACUAUGUUCGAUUGACUUAUGCUCAACUUAUGAUAGCUGGAGCGUUUUUGAGUGGAGGACUGGAGCUCAACACCAAAAGAAAACAAGAUAUACUAAUCAUCGGACUUGGAGGAGGAGUCAUCAACAAUUAUUUUACACAAAUGGAAAAUCAAGUGCUGAACGUCACUGUGGUCGAUAUUGAUCCUGUGAUGAAAAAGGUAGCCACGAAAUGGUUUGGGUUUACGGAAUCGCCUUUGCAUAGAAUUAUUGUGGAUGAUGGAGUGAGAUACAUACAUGAUGCUGCUAGGAGAGGAGAAAAAUAUGACGUACUUAUCAUUGACCUAUGCUACAACAUACCUUUGCCUAUGAUGUGUCCAAUCAUGGAAUUUUUGGAUGAUGGCUUGAUUACCUCAAUGAAAGCCAUCACAGCAGAAACUGGCGCGGUCAUCGUGAAUAUAAUCACUGAGCAGAAACAUAGCAAAAAGGUGGAAGACAUUGUGUAUUCCAUAUAUUCCCGUCAUUUUCCCUCGUGCUAUUUUAUAGAACAUUACGCAAAAGAAAAAAUGCUGUUCUGUUCAGCCAAAGAGAACGAAUCGUACUUGAACAAUACAGAUGAAAACUUUCACAAUCGAUUCAAAACCGUGGAUGACACUCUUGGAUUUGGUCUGCUUCCAGAUCAAAGUCCCUGCUCUUCAAAUUGAGUACUAGUAGUUUUCAAACCUAUAAGCCGUAUCUUGCUUGCUUCCAAUUCGAGCAGGU